AGCCGGACUUUUCGGCAGGGUGACAUGGUGUCAGUUCCAUCCUACUCGUAGAUCUACUCCUACAAAAUGAGUUACAAAAUACCAGUAGGUAAAUAAUUCAUAAACCCGACCAAAGAAAGCUUCAAUGCGUGGCUGUGAGAAGAAGAAGAAGACAAGGUUUGGACAAGCAGCACCUAGCUUGGCUGGGCACUAACUGCCUGGAAUAGCCAGAUAUAUACGCUAGCGGUGGCUGUGCUGGAAGCUGAAUCAAAUAAAAAGCGAUGGUGGAUGAUGGAACAGUGAAAGGUGCAGUGGCGAACACCGCAUGGAUAUGGAACGUUGACUCGAUCGUCGGACCUACUGUACUUGUUGCAACAGCCCAGUCCUGAGUUCAGCCACUACUGUAUUGCUACACUUGUUGUGCUCAGUUGAGUGCAGCAACACGGUGGAGACCAAGCUGCAGGGUGGUUACAGCCGUCGACAUGUUUCGUACUAACUCACGCAGCCGCUCUGGUCGCCAUCGCCAGUCCAUGAGCAAGAAGUCGCUGCACAACUCCCUGUCCAAGUCGGGCCAUCGCACGAAUUUUGACGCCGGCCAAGCGCCCCUGGACCUACACACGCUGACUAGAGUGGGGCUGCGCGGUCGCAAAGCAUGGCUGGUCAUCGCUCUCUUCAUCUUCGUUGGCCUGCUGGUGAUUGCAGAGCUAAUUUGGACGUGUCUUAUCCUGGCCAUGUUGCGCGUGGACACACGAGGUGUUCCGUCGCUACAGUUCCUUGAGGACGGCGGGCUGAGGUUCAGCAAGCCGACGGAUGGUGGCGACAUGAUAGCGGGAGGUUUUGUUGGCGCGUUCCAGGACUCGGAUAUCAGCCUCAACGGAGCUGACAGUCAGAGCUCUCAAGCAGAUGCUAGCGUGUCCUUCCUCUCUGACCAUGGAUCUAUCAAUAAGAAGCCGCAGCGAUCAGAACUGAGCGUAAGCCAGCGCAGUGGUAUUGUCAUCAGCAGCGCGGAUAGGUUUGAUGCGUCGGCAGACACGCGGGCUGUGGAUGGCACGUCCGUCCGAGAAAGCUACUGGAGCGUGACAAAGUCCAGCGUGCGCAUACCGACUCCCGAUCGAGCUGCACGCCUCACUGCACGCAUGAUCAUCACUCCUAGGCUAAACAGCAUGCCCGAUGGCAACCUGAUGGUCACCUCGGAGUCCGGUCAGUCCAUUGAUGUGUCCAGUAUUGCCGGCUUGUCCGUGCAUGGUCGUCAGAUACGUAUGAACAGUGGAGGUGGUGACAUCGCUCUGCAAGCGGCAAGGAGCAUGAGUAUUAAAAGCAAUGGAACGUUGACGGUGAACACCACCAGCUGGAAAACGAAUGCGCCAAACACCGCCAGUGGCAGCAGCACUCCGACUCCGGUGUCAGGGGGCCAGCAGCAGCAGCAAGCCACCGCCCAGGCACUGCUCUGUGCGUGUACGACGCGCUCUGGACAGACCGUCCUGUUUCGUGUCGCCUCCUCGCCGCUCAGAUGCAGCAUGAUCACUACUGACCUGCCGCAGGAAUGUAGAUACUAGAAAGAGCGGCAAGGCGAGGCACAGCGGCAACUACAUGCAGCAUGGCGGCGGAAGCAACGUGUAGAUCAAGUUACAUGUGUAUGUAUGGGGAUGGGGGUGCACGCACGCGCGUGUGCGUGUGUAUGUGUGUGUGCGUGUGUGUGUAUGUGUGAGCUUGUAUGUGCAUUUGUUCAUGGAUACUUUUUAUUAGAACAAGUUGAUUCGGUAGCUUGAGCAUAAGUCAUCACCGUACUACCAUGUAAAGUAAAGCAUGUAUUGGUCUAGUGGCAUUGCCCGACUGUCUCACUUUUGAAACGUUGAGUUUGAGAAUCAUAAACAUUCAAUCUUGCA